UAUUAUUUUCUUUAUUAAACAAGUCGAAUCCAAAUUUGGUGUGUUUUGGUUUAGCUAAUCACUUGCUACUAAACUAAUCACAAUCCAUUAAUCAUUUAAUAACUAAAAGGUCCAACCCCCAUUAAACCAAAACUAUUUUUCAUAUUUAUAACAAAGCUUUUCCCUCCACGCAACUUCAAUAUUCAAAAAACAAAACAUCUCUUCACUUCAUAUCACACCAUGCAUCAUCAUCAUCAUCCAUGCAAUCGCAAACCCUUCACAACUAUCUUCUUCGUCUCCCUUCUCUAUCUCAAUCUCCAUAACCCACAUAUCAUCGAAGCUCGAAACCCAUCCCCUGACGUCUCUAUACCGGAAAUCAAACGUCACCUUCAACAGUACGGUUACCUCCCACAAAAAAACGAACCCGACGACGUUUCGUUCGAGCAAGCUCUCGCUCGUUACCAGAAAAAUCUCGGUCUACCGAUAACCGGGAAACCAGAUUCCGACACGUUGUCACAGAUUCUAUUACCAAGAUGUGGAUUCCCUGAUGACGUGGAACCCAAAACGGCACCGUUUCACACAGGGAAAAAAUACGUGUACUUCCCUGGACGGCCCAGGUGGACAAGAGACGUCCCACUGAAACUUACGUACGCCUUCUCACAGGAGAACCUAACCCCAUACUUAGCACCAACAGACAUUCGGCGCGUGUUCCGACGCGCUUUCGGCAAGUGGGCUUCGGUGAUCCCCGUAACCUUCAUCGAAACAGAGGAUUACGUCAUCGCCGACAUCAAGAUCGGAUUCUUCAACGGAGAUCACGGCGACGGAGAGCCGUUCGACGGCGUUUUAGGUGUUUUAGCUCACACUUUCUCGCCGGAAAACGGUAGGCUUCACCUAGACAAAGCAGAGACGUGGGCCGUUGAUUUCAAUGAGGAAAAAUCUACGGUGGCCGUCGAUUUGGAGUCUGUGGCGGUGCACGAGAUCGGUCACGUGCUUGGACUUGGCCAUAGCUCGGUGAAAGACGCGGCUAUGUAUCCAACUUUGAAGCCAAGAAGUAAGAAAGUGAAUUUGAAUAUGGACGACGUCGUUGGAGUACAGUCUUUGUACGGAACAAACCCUAAUUUCACGUUAAGUAGUUUACUUGCGUCGGAAACUUCGACCAACCUAGCCGAUGAUGGUUCGAUGAGACGGUCUCAAGGAAUGAUCUAUUCGACUUUGAGUACAGUUAUCGCUCUCUGUUUUCUUAAUUGGUAGACUAGAAUAACUAGAUAAAUUUACUUUAUACAAGAAAUCUGAAAACGUAUAGAAGAAUCAUACAGACACAUGAAAAUUAUUAAUUUGUUGUUUUA